GCCAAAUUUGGAUUCCGGGUUCUACCUUUUUCAGUUUUCUCUCUCUCUCUCUCUCUCUCUCUCUGUGGCUUCAAUCCCAGGUUCUGAAAAAUAGCUCUCUCUCUGUGGCUUCAAUCCCAGGUUCUGAAAAAUAACCAAGACCAUGAACGCACCCAUAAUCGAUCCAUUGCAAGGAGACUUUCCGGAGGUUAUAGAGGAGUAUUUGGAACAUGGGGUCAUGAAGUGCAUUUCAUUCAAUCGCCGUGGUACCCUUCUUGCUGCUGGGUGCUCUGAUGGAAACUGCGUUAUCUGGGAUUUCGAAACCAGGGGCAUUGCUAAGGAGCUCCGAGAUAAAGACUGUAUUGCUGCCAUAACAAGUGUCUCUUGGUCAAAGUAUGGUCAUCGUAUCCUUGUAUCUUCUGCUGACAAGUCGCUAACGCUUUGGGAUGUCGUCAGCGGUGAAAGAAUUUCACGCACAACUCUGCAGCAAACCCCUUUACAAGCUCGUCUACAUCCUGGUUCCUCUACUCCAUCUCUUUGCCUGGCAUGCCCCCUCUCAUCUGCUCCCAUGAUAGUUGACUUGAACACUGGAAGCACAACUGUGCUUCCAGUUUCGAUCCCUGACACAAGCAAUGGAAUUGUCUCUCAAUCACGGAAUAAAUUCUCAGAUGGAGCUCCUCCUUACACUCCAACUGCUGCUUGCUUUAACAAGUAUGGGGAUCUUGUUUAUGUGGGGAACUCGAAAGGGGAAAUUCUUAUAAUAGAUUACGGAACUAUCCGAGUGCGUGCCAUGGUUCCUGUUACUGGGGGUGCUGUGGUCAAGAACAUAGUAUUCAGCAGAAGUGGAGUGUAUUUGCUUACAAAUUCAAAUGAUCGGACGAUUAGGAUCUAUGAAAAUCUUCUCCCCUUGAAAGAUGGGCUUAUAGCCCUUGAUGACUUAGAGAAGACCGCUAAUGAGCUAGAUGGUGUUGAGAAGUUGAAGGCUAUUGGAUCAAAGUGCCUGACACUUUUCCGGGAGUUUCAAGAUUCUAUCACAAAAAUGCAUUGGAAAGCACCUUGCUUUAGUGGUGAUGGAGAGUGGGUGAUUGGAGGUUCUGCAAGCAAAGGAGAGCACAAGAUUUAUAUAUGGGAUAGGGCUGGGCAUCUAGUGAAAAUCCUUGAAGGUCCAAAGGAAGCCCUGAUUGACUUAGCAUGGCAUCCUGUGCACCCGGUUGUUGUCUCUGUUUCCUUGACUGGCUUGAUUUAUAUUUGGGCUAAAGAUUAUACAGAGAACUGGAGUGCAUUUGCUCCUGAUUUCAAAGAGCUAGAGGAAAAUGAGGAGUAUGUAGAACGAGAAGAUGAAUUUGAUCUGGUGCCUGAAACUGAAAAGGUGAAAGAAUCAGAUGUUAAUGAGGAUGAUGAAGUUGAUAUAGUGACAGUGGAGAAGAAUUCAGAUUUUAGUGAUUCAGAUAUGUCCCAAGAAGAAUUGUGCUUCUUGCCAGCUAUUCCUUCUCCUGAUGUUCCUGAGCAGCAAGACAAGUACAUAGAAAGUUCAUCAAAGUUAGUGGACAGUAACCAUUCUGGAUCCCCUCUUUCAGAUGACGCUGGACCAAAUGAACGCACAACAAACCAUGCAUCAAGUCCACUUGAAGAUAAUUCAGCUGCAGAGGACGCAGUUGCGCGCUUGAAAAGAAAGCGGAAGCCUUCAGAGAAGGGGUUGGAGUUGCAGGCAGAGAAGGAGACGUUGAAGGAUGAUACAUUUAUCUGAACGUUGGCAAGCUUAUUGGUGGUGGCUUGUUAUACCUCAAGCUGUCAACAAAAUGGAAGGCAAUCAGUCAACAUAUGAACAAACUGAGACCCAUAUGAGCCAGCAGGCAACUGCUUGCCUUCAGCUAUGGCCGAAGCUUGAACAAAUAUGAAUUUGGAAGCAGGCCUAAUCUUCUUCACAUGGAGAGAUAUUUCUUUCCAAUUAUGCCAACCAACCUUGCACCUGCAUGCAAUACACACUAUUAUCCUUGUGACAAGAAAGACUUUGGUUAAUGGAGAGACUGCAAUUGAUGAUGGAGUUGGACGAAAUGGAUUGAUCGUUUUCAGAGCGUUGGUUUCGAUUAAGUUUUUAUGAGCUGUCACGAUUUGAAUGGUCUGCUCCAGCAAGGGCUU